AUGCCUGCCCCUGCGAACGACUCGUCGUCGACCAUUGGGUUUGCAACAUACCAGCAGCAAGAUACCUCCGGCCGGCACUCCAGCGACUUGGUCUCCAUCAUCCUCUUUUUCUCAUUCAUUUUCAUCAUCCUUAUAUCCUUUGUAUUCUACUUCUGGAUCACGCGAUGGCACAAAGUCCCUCCCCAGCAACGCCGAGAAGAGGAAGUCGAGGACCAAAAGGAGAUUGACCAGCUUGUUGAGAAUCUCAAGGAUCAAGUCAGAACGGUCUUUCGGAUACCUGUCGUCAGCCUGGUCUAUAUCCUUUUUAACAGCAAGAAAAGACACCAGGCCAAUCAUUCGCACGAAUACCGCAAAGUCCUCUCCUACAAACUCUACCAUUUGUUUUCGCUCAUUUGUAUCCUCGUAACCAUUGUCUCGUUGGUCAUCCUCAUUGGUACUGCCAGCAGCGCCAAUCCAGUUUCCAUCUUUCUGCAGUCGUUCUUGUUCGUCUUUGUGCUAUGCGUUAACCUGUACUUGAUCACCAGACAACGCUGCUAUUACAAGGAGCGUAAGGAGCUCUUUGGCAGCAACGAUGCGCAUAUGAAUGCAGUUUACAAAACACGUUUCAAAGACUGGGACUCUAAAAUGUGGACCAAUUGGGUACAGAUUGCUAUUCUCAUUAUCGAGUUUUUCCAGCUCUUGACAUUCCCUCUCAGGGACCUCAUCACCGUCAACUUGUUCGACGGCGACAACGACAGCAAUAGCAAUUUUUUAAACCUCGUUACGAUCGUAAUGAAUGCAGGCGGUUUCAUGCCAGACAUGCGCACACCGACUUGGUACACGUAUUCGGUUUGGACAGUGUUUGCGACGGCCAUGCUCGGAUUGUUGAUUGCGGUUACGGUGCACUGCAUAAACAUGUGGCGACCUUACAAAAUUCCGACGCGGUGGGUUCAUUGGUGCAUUCCCGUCACAACCCUUUUGUAUAUACCCGUGCUUACCACGUUCGUAAGCUCUGCAGCAUGCCAAACACUUAAUGUACCCACCAACGACUUCUCGGAUACCCUGCGCUGCCACUCACCAGAAAUCUCGCAACAGCUAUAUUUGUGGACGUCUUUAGCGGGUUACAUCAUCGCCUACUUUCUGCUGACUAUCUUUUUAACAAGCUACGAACGGAUACCAGCACACAACGAAAUUGCGUUCAAAUCCAUUAGCGUUGCCUUCAUCAAAAACAUGGGUAGAGAAGCACUUUUAACGACAUUAUAUAAAUCACAGUUAUCCCAUACUAACUUCUUUUGUAACAGGCCUUUUUCUUGCCAUUGUUUAUUUAUUAGUAGAGACAACAAGCGAGAAAAACAGAAUGCGGGCUAUUUUGUCAAUCAUGAUCUUGCUCACUAUGAUAUGUUACAAUAUCAAGACACGGCCAUGCUAUGUGGACAAAGUAGGUAG